AUGGAUUUUCUUAUAAAACUACUUCUUUCGUUUAUAAAUUGUAAUGGUGAUUCGGAAACAACAACAGCAAAUCAACAGCAAUCAGGCAUGCAAAAUGAGGCACAAUCUGAAGAAGCCGAUGAUGAGGCAGCCGGGCCCUCUAGAGAGGCCAAAGGAUUAUAUGAAGUGCAAAUGGAUACGUUAAAAGUAUCCGCAAACGCUUCACCCGCUGCAGGAAUGUUGGCUCAGUUUUUUAAAGGUCAUCAACUUGUGUUACAACCUCCGGGAUGCGCUUCGAACACUGACAGCCCUUCGUCUUCACCGACCUCUGUGUCAUCAAGUUCCUCCUUCGAUAAACCCGACAACCGUGAACGCGAUGUUUUCACGUUCUGUCCGGAUGCACCUGACAUGCGACGCGAAGACGAACGGCUAAAGACAUUCGAGAAAUGGCCCGUUUCAUUUUUAUCACCAGAUUCACUAGCAAAGAAUGGCUUUUACUAUCUAGGCCGUGGUGAUGAAGUACGUUGCGCAUUCUGCAAAGUAGAAAUAAUGAAAUGGGUUGAAGGUGACGAUCCUGCUAAGGACCAUCAACGAUGGGCUCCUCAAUGUCCUUUCCUAAGACGUCAAACUGGCUCCGGCAAUGUGCCAAUGGACUCUACUACACCUACAGCGGGUCAUGACGAGUGCGGUGUUCGAGCGCCCGUCACGACAGUUCGUAUGCCUGGACCUGUUCAUUCUAGAUACGCCUCCGAAGCUGCCAGAUUACGCAGUUUUAGCGAUUGGCCUCGUAGUAUGAAACAGAAACCCGAGGAACUGGCGGAAGCAGGAUUUUUCUACACUGGUCAAGGCGACAAAACAAAGUGUUUUUAUUGUGACGGUGGAUUAAAAGACUGGGAAAAUGAUGACGUGCCGUGGGAGCAACACGCGCGUUGGUUCGACAGAUGUGCAUACGUCCAGUUAGUCAAAGGACGCGAGUAUGUUCAAAAAGUUAUCACGGAAGCGACCGCUAUUUCAGCUCCCCAAGAGCUAAAUGAAACCUCUCAAACUACAAUAAAGAACGGCGACAAUAACAUAGAAGAUACAAAAUUAUGUAAAAUAUGCUUCAACGACGAAAGGAACGUGGUUUUUGUACCAUGCGGCCACGUGGUCGCCUGUGCGAAAUGCGCGCUAUCAACCGACAAAUGCCCAAUGUGUCGAAGGACGUUCACAAAUGCAGUGCGGUUAUACUUCUCU